AUGUGCUCCCGCCAGGACAGGGACCAGUGCCACAAGCAGGAGCGUUACACCCAGCAGAGCAGCGGCGGCUGCCACAGCUCCGGUGGAGGCUGCCACAGCUCCGGUGGCGGCGGUGGCUGCCAUAGCUCCGGCGGUGGCGGUGGCUGUCACAGCUCCGGUGGCGGCGGUGGCUGCCAUAGCUCCGGCGGUGGCGGUGGCUGUCACAGCUCCGGUGGCAGCGGUGGGUGCCAUAGCUCCAGUGGUGGUGGCUGUCACGGGAAGCCACAGGUCCAGUACCACUACCACCAGCAGCAGCAACAGCAGCAGCAGCAGCAGCAGGUCCACCAGCUGCCCUCGCAGAAGAUGAAGUGAUGGGCUGUCCCACCCGCCCCAGCUCCAGCCACAAA